CUAUUGAUAGGAAUAAACAAUUUUUAACAUUGAUAUCUAUGAUUUUUAAUUUUUAUCUGUGGCACGAAAUUAUCAUAAUUAUUCCCCGUCAGAAAUUAUUACUUGUUGUUUGUUAAUUUUAAUUUUCGAGUUUUCGACGUCAUCAAACUAAGUUGAGACGACAGUUUUCAGUUUUCCAUCGAGCCACUUGGUUGCUAUUAAAACGACCUCUUUUGAAGCACUGUCCAACUUUAUAACCAAUAUGUCUUACGAAAAGCCAGAAGAGGUCAAUCUGCAUGAAUGUCUAGAAUUGAUAACCAGACUGUCUCGACAUGCCGGCAAGAUUAUAAAAUCUCGAAUCAAUGAAAAAAAAACAAUAGAAACUAAAGCCAGUUCCAUUGAUUUUGUCACUGAAACAGAUCAAGAAGUAGAAAAAUUACUUAUUGAGGGAAUCAAACAAAAAUAUCCACAUCAUAAAUUCAUUGGAGAGGAAUCAUUCGCAGCCGGUAUUAAAGAAGAACUUACAUGUGCUCCAACUUGGGUUAUUGAUCCUGUGGAUGGCACCACCAAUUUUGUACAUAGUUAUCCAAACGUUUGCAUAUCUAUUGGUUUGGUUGUUGGCUGUGAUAUUAAGUUGGGAGUUAUCUACAAUCCUAUAUUGGAUAUGUUUUUUAGAGCAAUCAAAGGUGAAGGUUCAUUUUUAAAUGAUGAACCAAUUAAAGUCAGUGGCGUAAAACAACUUAGUGAUGCUUUGGUUGCUGUAGAAUUUGGUUCAGUUAGAUCUGAAGAGUUCAGGAAUAUUGUUAACCAUAAUAUCAAUUAUUUAGCAUCAAAUGCCCACGGUAUUCGUUCUGGUGGUUCUGCUGCUUGGAAUUUAGCUCAAGUUGCUAGAGGUGGUAUUGAUCUCUAUAUGGAAAUGGGUAUCCACGCUUGGGAUAUGGCAGCUGGGUAUAUUAUUGUGAGAGAAGCUGGUGGUACUGUAAUCGAUCCAGCUGGUAAUGAUUUUAAAUUGAUGGAUCGGAGAAUUUUAGCUACAUCAUCAACAGAAAUUGCUGAAGAAGUAUAUUCAAAAUUCCAACAAUAUUAUCCAGAACAUGAUUAAAAUAAAUUUUAUUCAUUAAAUAUUAUCAUUGAUAAUGGUUUAAUAUUUUAUUAUAAUUAAUAUCUAAUAUAUACCAAUUAAACAUAGAAUGCAUAAUAGUCAACAUAGAA